AAAAUUUCAUUAUCAAAAUUAAACCAUUAUACAAGACCGCGAACUGACAUAAAAACGACGUUAUAUUGAUACUAAAUGGAUGACGUGUAUGUUGUGGGUCCUUCGGACUUCCGGGUCUAGUAAACAGGUAGCUAACGGAGCCGCCUUGUCAAAAUGUCUAAAGUUACGUUUAAAAUCACGCUGACGUCGGAUCCCCGGCUCCCAUACAAAGUACUAAGUGUUCCAGAGAGUACACCGUUCACAGCAGUGUUAAAGUUUGCAGCUGAGGAGUUCAAAGUGCCAUCAGCAACAAGUGCAAUUAUUACUAAUGAUGGAAUAGGCAUCAACCCGGCCCAGACAGCAGGAAACGUGUUUUUAAAGCAUGGCUCGGAGCUGCGCAUCAUUCCCAGAGACAGAGUGGGAGGACAAGUUGACUGAUGCUGGUUUUCCCUGGUGGACGUUGUAAUGACUCCUGCAGCAGAAUCCAUGGCGUAUAUGUCAACGUAGUGAUGAUCCUGGGCCCGACACUGACACUGACUCUCCAGAGGAUAAAUAUAUACAGAUAUUUAAGGUCGAUUCUGCCUAAUGCUAACACUUGGUCCGCUGUCUGUCUGCAUCAUGUUUUUUGUGUGCUGCAUCACAAUGUGGCUGCAUCCAGGAAUGGAUUUUAAAAGAUGAGAAAAAAGAAAAUUUUUUUUCUAUCUUUGUAAAAUCAGAAUAAAUCACCAUUAUCAAUAAAAAUAAAUUCUGUCCUUUUUUGUCAAAUUUUAUUUAAUUUAGGUUAUUUUUUAUUUAACAUGUGUACUGUUUGUCUUAUACAUUUGAUGAUUAUUCAGCAUUUGUACAAAUAAACGGUAUCCUGGCAAAUGAA